GUCACUGGAAGAAGUCGAGCCUUGUGCGCGGCAGAGAAAGUGAAGUGGAAUCUCAGGGUUUGUCGGCUUGUCAAGUGAAUGUUGAAGUGAGGGUGUGUUCGCCAUUUACCUGGACGGCCAUCAGUGCUCUUGUGACUACUUUACUAAACGAGGACACAGAUACAACUGUACAUUUGUACUUAUUGUGUUAACGCUGGCUACUCUUCUGAAGAAAGCAGGGUCCGGAUUAAAGGAUGUGAAGAAGGCUCUGAGUCGGGGCUCCAAGAUGAGUGUGACGUCAUGGUUCCUGGUCAGCAGCUCAGGUACAAGACAUCGGUUGCCACCAGAGAUGAUCUUUGUAGGCCGGGAGGAGUGCGAGCUCAUGUUGCAGUCGCGCAGUGUGGACAAGCAGCAUGCAGUCGUCAACUACAACCCAGCCACAGACGAGCACAUGGUGAAGGACCUGGGCAGCCUGAACGGGACUUUUGUGAAUGAUCUGAGAAUCCCUGACGAGACUUACAUUACCCUGAUGCUCUCUGAUGUCAUCCGCUUUGGAUAUGAUUCUCAUGUGUACAUCCUGGAGAGGAGUCAACACAAGGUGCCAGAGGAGGCUCUCAAACAUGAGAAGUACACCAACCAGCUGCAGAUGAGUAUGAAGGCACUGGAGGCCAGGAAGAAGGAGAAGGAGCGGCAACAUGCUAAGGAGAAGACCAGAGACUCAUCCUGCUUCAAACAGGAGAAAGCCGAGCAUAAAGCUGCCCUCGCAGCAGUGGCCAGCGAGACUCCAGUGUCCAGACCCACUCCUCUGUAUGGGCAGCCGUUGUGGUGGGGGGAGGAUGAUGCUGAACACAGUGGAGGACAGCGGCCAGACGAGGACCCUGCAGAGAAUACUAAAGAGGGCUCCAGACAUGAGAUCAGCGGCUCCCUGUCAGACAGCCAGGCCAAGACAAUCUACUCACACCACAGGGAGCCAAGCUACUUUGAGAUACCCACCAAGGAGUGCCAGCAGCAGGAGCUCCAUGAGGUUCCCACUAAGGACACUGACCCCCCUUCUCUCCCUGUCCCUGUUCUCCCUCCAGUCCCCACCUCCACACCCCCUGUGGUGCAGAGCCACGCCUCCUUCACCAUUGAGUUUGAUGAAUGCACACCAAGCAAGAUCAAGAUCAAGGACCAUGUGACAAAGUUUUCCUUCCGCCAGCAACGCAAGCUCCCGGGUAAGGAGGCGGUGACAGCGCCCACUGAGGUGAUAUCAGCGGAGUGCAAGGUGGCUGAUUGGCUGGUCCAAAGCGAUGUGAGCAUGAUGAUGAGGAGGAGGUCUCGGACAGAGGACAUGUUCUGCUCAAAGAGUGGCCUGCCCUUCUGCAACGAGGCUUUCACAGGCCACCACCAUGAGGAUGGGACUCGGAGUGACUCUGAGGAUCCUGUUGUAAACGGGAAACGGGCUAUACAAUUAAAGCCACCGAUGGGCCCUCACAAAUCUCUACCACCCCAGCUGACCCUCCCUAGACCCUUCACCAACCCUGACUCAGCGGAUCCUCAGUCUCACUCCCCUCCUCCAAGCCAGGACAAAGCAGACCCCCAGCAGGGCUUCGUCAUUGAGUUCUUUGACGAUAAUCCACGCAAGAAGCGCUCACAGUCCUUCACCAACAACACAGGCCAGCUCGACAGCCCGGCCCUCAGGAACAAGCCGGAGAAAAGGUGCGACCCCAGCACCCCCACCCAGCAGUACACAAUUCCCUUGAAGGGCCCGGGUUCUGGAGGCCCCCAGAGGGCCGGCUCCCUGAGGAGGGAGAAGAUGGAGGAUCGGAUCAGUAACGACAUCUCCUCCUGUUCCAUCCCUCCCAGGCUGUUUAGAAGUGUGGGACGCAGGUCCAAACUGGCCCAGGACUUCACGGCUGAGUUCCUGAGGGAGUCCAGACAGGAGUCUAGGCCGAGCAUGAACACAACCUGGGAGAAGAAUACGUCUCCUCUGUCUCCUACCACCAGCCCCCCACCAACAGUAGAGGCAAUAGCACCCCACUCCCACCCCCACCAGACCACACCAAGCCCCCCUCAGCCAUACCUGACUCAGACUUCAUCCUGUACCCACCAGUCUGUGCCCCUGAAAGCCCCUCUAAUGCCCAUGGCCCCACGCAGCCUGGAGUCCCCACGCAGCCUGGAGUCCCCACGCAGCCUGGAGUCCCCACGCAGCCUGGAGUCCCCACGCAGCCUGGAGUCCCCACGCAGCCUGGAGUCCCCACGCAGCCUGGAGUCCCCACGCAGCCUGGAGUCCCCACGCAGCCUGGAGUCCCCACGCAGCCUGGAGUCCCCACGCAGCCUGGAGUCCCCACGCAGCCUGGAGUCCCCACGCAGCCUGGAGUCCCCACGCAGCCUGGAGUCCCCACGCAGCCUGGAGUCCCCACGCAGCCUGGAGGCCCCACACAGCCCCAAAGGCCUGGGGAACGAGGAGGAUGAUACCUUGAGUGAAGCAGGCACCUACACCAUUGAGACAGAGGUCCAGGAUAAAGAGGUGGAGGAGGCACGCAGCAAGAUAGAACAGGUGUUUGGUGUUGUUGAGGGGCCAGAGCAGCCCGGCCAGACUGCAGCAGCAGCAUGUAAGCCUGUUGAGUUUCAGGACAGGGAGGAGCGUAGGGAGAGUAGCUUGGUGGAUCUGAUGCCAGCUCCAGGGCAGGGACAGAAUCUGGUGCAGGUACCUGGUGGCUCUAAGUGGGUGUCUUGCUGGGCCAGCCUGGCAGACAGCUACACACACUCUGGCCCUGCCUCAGGCCUCUUCGAAAUCCCCUCACAGAUGGACCUGUCAGGAGGAGUUGGUGGGAGGACUGUCCAUCAGGCAACGCUCAGUCGGAACAUCAAUAGUGUGGAAUCGGAAGGCCCGAGUUCCAAAACACAGCGUAUUCCUUCUCAGGCACCAUCGAUGGGAAAUAAUGAGACUCCAACUCCCAGCAUUCUUAUCCAUCAGGACACUUACUCUACCUAUGAUAUCAAAGAGAGGAGCUUCAGAGUCCUUGGACCACAGGAGGACCUCCACAACCUGUCUGUACAGGACGACCUUGACCAAGACAGCCUGAGUGAUGCCAGUAAGUCAGACGACGGCUCCAUCGUGGAGCAGAGGAAGAUGCCCACACCAGAGAGGACAGACAAGAGUACAUCUCAGAGCAGUGAAAAGGAGAGGCCCACACUCCCAGCCAAGUCUACAUCAUUCUACAUUGGCUCUAAGGAGAGUGUGUCUAAACAGGAGCGGGGAUCCAGACCCAAUACACCCAGGAUUGAGAGAAAACCACCACCACAUCCCAACACACCACAGUUCUCCACAGACACCCUGACCAAACAACAGGGUGGACAAGAAUUUCAGAAGACAGUCAAGCUCAACUCAUCAGCUCCCAAGCUUGACUACCAGGGCAGAGUCAGCCCUGAGCCCAAAGAGAUGUCAGUGUCUCUGGUCAGGCAGGAGAGUUUCAUUAAGGACCAGCCAAGUGAUGCUGCGGUCACCAGACUCCCACACAUCUCCAGCCAGCCUGCUCUGAAUGACCCUGACCCUGCUGAGGCGUUCCAGGGUGUUUGCAGCCAGGACACCCACUCCUACCUCAAUGGGCCCGAGGAUGCUCUGGCUGCCCUGGCGGCCAAGCUCCAGGCCCAGCCGCCUGAUGUUGUUCCUCGCCCCAUAGAUUACUCUCUGUCUGGGGAGUCUGACAUGGACUCAGCGAGCACUGCCAGCCUGUGCAACAACCAGACUGCCCCCAAGACUGGAUCCAAGAAGCCCUUGUUCACUAGUGGCCUUCAGAGGGAGAGGUCCUCUGCCAGCUCCUUCACCCAGGAGCCCAGUCGCCAGCAGUCAGCCUUCAAUCGCCUGUCUGAGAAGCGGCGGUCCCAGAGAGUGGACAGCAGCAGGAAGCCUGAACAAGACAGGAGGCUGGGAAUGAGAUGCUGUGUUGUAAAACAUGGCACCAUGGACCUGAGUGACGACCCCCAGAGCUUCAGCUUACCCUACUGGCCUGAAGCCAUCUCCUCAGACCAGGAGGUCCCCCGGCCCGCUGCAUGCAAGAAGUACACCGUCCCCCUGCAGAAGGAGGAUCCCACUAAGUCCUCCAAAGUGGCACAGGCCCUAAGCCGCUCCAACAGCAUGUCUGCCCCACGGCCCACAAGAGCUUCAAUGCUUCGCCGGGCUCGCCUGGGCGAGGCAUCCGACAACGAGGUUACAGAGACAGACAGAGUCUCCCAGAACUCCCAGGAAGUCAGUGGGACCUCCAAGGCCUCCCAGGACAGUAAGAAGCAGCUCUCCAGGCUGGACAUGCUGGCUCUGCCCCGGAAGAGGACUAGCUCCUUCACCACUCCCAGUGAUACAGAGUCCUCAGCACCCAGGACAGGCUUCUCCAACCGUAGCACAGAGUCCAACAGCGGCUCUGGCCUUAAGGCCUCCGUGUCCGGGCCCAGCACUAAGCCUGCGCUAGGCAGGGCCUCUGGAGCUUCAGGCAAGCUCAUCACCCGCGUCCGCUCCAGCAGUGCCAAAUACACCAGCAGCACAGCCAGCUCUAGACGACGACAGAAAGGCUCUGACUACACCUCCACCUCCGAGGAGGAAAUUGAAUCUAACCAGAGCACCCUUAAACACAAACGCUCACACACCCCCUCAGCUUCCCGCUCCCAGCCUCUCAUCCCCCCACGCCCCAAACCCCGCUCACAAGACUCGGACCAGGAGAGUCACGAGGGAGACGCCUACCAGAACUGGUCCUCUCACAGUGCUGAGAUAGCAAGACUGAGUCAGGACCUGGCUAAAGAUCUAUCCGUCCUGGCCAGGGAGAUCCAUGGUGUGACUGGUGAUGCUGAUCCUCAGAGCUCUUCUGCAGUGGAGACCAAUACACCUGUCUCUACCAUCACCGCCAGGGAGGUGUUGGUCCAUCCCAUCCCAGAGGCUGCUGGUGUGAACUACCUUAGAGUACCUCCUGGAUCCGCUGCAGCCAGGGACCCCGACCAAACCAUUAUGAAUGACCAGGAAUACAACUCUAAGCACAGAGGAUGGAACCAGGAAGUGGUUGUUGUGGAUGAUCUGAUGUUGAAUCCAGUGUCCCAGAUCUCUCUGGCUAUUCGAGAAAACACAGAGCUGCUAGCUGAGAAAAUAAAGGUACUAUUCCACAACAAAACUGACGUUUGGGGGGAGAUUGAAUCAAAGCUCAAUACUGAAAAUGACAUCCCUGUCCUGAAAGGCUCAAACAAGGAAAUCACAGCUAUUCUGAAAGAGCUCAGAAGAGUUCAGAGACAACUUGAAGUCAUCAACACUAUCAUUGAGCCCAGUGGAAAUCUUGAGCCAGCCAAAGCCUCCACUCCUAGUGCCGCCUCCACUCCUAGUGCCCCCUCCUCAGCCGGUUUGAAGCCAUCCAGGGCCCCUUCGAGAUACUGGAGAACCUCUGGUUCCCAGCGGGGUGGGGUUCCCUCUUCCAGCUCCAGGCCCAGUGAGAGUGUCAGGAGAUCAGUUGUGGCCUCUGAGGCAGAGAGCUACGUGGUCUGAGGUUUUGGAACACAGUGCCUCCCCUUCACUGCUACAUCACAAUUCCAGGUGUUGAGAGAGUGGAUUAGAGGGGGAAAUAGGCACUGCUAGAGAGAACUGUGGCCCCACCGCACAAAGACACUACUGUACUGUGUGUGCACUACUAGACAACUGCAAUGCGCAUUGAACUGCCAUGGUGUGAGAAAGGGGUUGUACGAGACACAAAGCCAUGCAGUGGUUAGUUCAGUCGAGGGAAAAUCACUUUAAAGGCCCAUUGCAACUGUUUUUAUAUCAAUAAAAAAACAAUUCUGGAUAACAUAUAAGGACCUUACUGUAAUAGAUAUAUUUUCAAAUUGACAAAAAUAACUUUUUACACAAACUAUUUUUCAAGCAAGAAUUUUGCUAGGACUGUCUGAGUGGAGAUGAAAAACUGAAAACUAGCUGUUCUUGGCAGAGGUUUGGAACUGUUUAUUGUUAUUGGUCUAUUAACCAAUUUACAGCAUGGUGAUGUCA